GCAAGAGUGAAAGUACAAAUAUUGUUGGGCUCCCUUUGGCUGAUAGCACGUACAGACUGCUGCAUUAGUCUCUCCCGACUUUCCAUGGCAGGGUAGAGGCCACCUGAAAUGUUAAGGGCCAUCUAUUAGGACUCUGAGAGGCACGCCAGCAUGGCCACUGCUGAGGGCUUGAGAAAGCGCUUCGAGGAUCUGGCGAGGGGCGCAUAUCUCGAUACCAUCGUACCUAAGUUUAAUACUUUCGACCCGGCUGCUGCAGUCAGAGAUGGCUCGCCAGAGGAGAUCGGCCGGGCGCCUUUAAGGCGAAACCUGUUCUUCGUGCGUGCUGUGCUACCCCUUCUUAAGACCGGACUUGAGGCACACGCCACAGACGCUGUGCCCACAGGCCUAGGGAACGCGGCUUCUGCAUCGGGUAAACACGAUCUGACUUCGGCCAAUGUACCCGUGACCGAUGAUGUACAGAUCGCGUCUGCUGGGGAGCAUACGUAUGUCUUCUGGCAGCCCACCCUCCACCUAGUCCGCCCACGUGUACGGCUACAGCGACCGGCUAUCUACUUCACAGCCACCGUAAGCUUGGAUCUGGCUUCGUUAGAAGAUGUCUCGAGUUCUGAAGCAGGAUACCUCGUGCCUUUUGAACCAUCACCACGCAACGUUCUCGAAGCUCUGAACCCGCGGCCCGAGCUCAAUGGCAAGCAGAUCUAUCUCUCGGAAGAUCGGAUUACUAAAGUUGCGCCCAAGCCACCUCGAAAAGAGGACGUUGUGCGACCUGUCAGAGGUGCAUCGAAGCGCGCCUUCCCCACCCUUCCUGCGCUCUUUACACGGAUGCAGUUCUCCGUUAUGAGGGACCAUAUUCUCGCAAGUCUGCACCUCGAGACGUCGCAGGCUAUCGCAGGGAUUGUCAACCCUACUGCAACUGACUCUUUCAUACGGGUUCAGUGCUUGACCGAGGCAAGCCUUCCGCUUGAAAUGUACGCUGGAGACGAGACCGUACUUUUAUACUGGGUCAACAAUGAGAAUCUCUCAGACCCUACUUCGCUGAGAACACCGUUGUCGAUUGCAAUUGCAGCUAGCGCAACGCUGGAACAAGGCUCACAGGUGGAGCUGGAUAUUAGGUGGCAAGUGGAGCCGCAUCUUCCCAGUACAGCGCCAGACCUCACGUACAGAUGGUCGAGCUCACUCAGUGCGGCCGAGCAACUCCCAGUCCUCCCGCACACUGACCUAGUGGCUCCGCCUACGCUCGUAAUACCUGAAAGUUUACCGCCGCCUGCAGACGCUGGAAUUGCAGUGUUCUUUUCCGCGCCAGCAACCACGUUUCAGUACGACGACUUUCGACUAUCGGUAAAGUGCAUCAACAAGACGUCGAAAACCCGACGCUUCGCUGUCGUGUCUCUACAGCCGGAUGGUACGAUGAGAACACAUCAGCAUGCAGACUUGGCACAUGAUGUAUCCUUCGUGGAGCCCGAAAUGGACGUCCCACUAACCACGUCAAUGCUGCCGGAUGUGUUCUGCCACACUCCGGAUGUGCGAAUAGGCCCGGUUGCGCCUGGUGCAAGCGCAGAGGGACUGGUAGAGCUACGAGCGCUAUCUACUGGGAUACUUAAUCUUGGCAGCUUCCGCAUAGUCGAUCUCGAUACUCAGUGCCCGGUCGUGAUACAUGACCUACCAGACGUGGUUUCG